AUCCAGAUAUAUACUGUGAAACCCACAGAAAACUACUAAUAGUGAUUUCCUCCCGCUGUAGCAGAGAUUAUCUAAGUUGAAGUGGGCGAGAACACCAGAAGCGCUCAUUAAGGGUCGAACCACGGCUCGUCCUCCCGCCAAUGCCAUGCACGGUGAUUGUGGCAAAGCUAUUGACACCAUCACUCUGUUACACUGUCUCAGCAAUAUGAAGCUCAAUGCAGGGCUCGAUUGCCCACUGGUGAACCCCAGCAUCUUUAUCCCUCAUCACCCCUGGGAAGAGUUUCAUAAUUCACUAUGAUUUGGCGUAGAUUAAGUCUCCCAUCGGCCAUUCUACGCCGAGCGUUCACAACCACCCGCACAGCUCGCGCCCAACUAACCAACCAACAAAUUGAAAUUGUAAAAUCCACUAUCCCGGCGCUGGAAAAGCAUGGCGUCGAGAUCACAACGCUCUUCUACCGGAACAUGCUCGACCAGCACCCGGAACUGAAGAACAUUUUCAACACCGCCCACCAAGCAACCGGGGAGCAGCCCGCCGCCCUGGCCCACGCCGUGUGGGCGUACGCCAGCAACAUCGAGCACCCGGAGGCCCUGGCGACCGCGGUAUCUCGCAUCGGGCACAAGCACGCCAGCCUCGGCGUGACAGCAGACCAGUACACGAUCGUGGGCAAGUACCUCCUGGAAUCGAUCCAGCAAGUCCUAGGAGAUGCAGUGACAGAGCCGGUGCGCGACGCCUGGACGGCGGCCUACCAGCAGCUAGCCGAGAUCUUCAGCAACUUCGAAGACAACCUCUACCAACAAGCGCUCGCAACGCCGGGGGGCUGGAAAGGGUGGCGCAAAUUUCGCAUCGCGAACAAAAUCUACGAAAGCGACGAGAUCAUCUCCUUCCACCUGACGCCGAUCGACCAGGGCGCUUUACCGGCUUACCAGCCGGGCCAGUUCGUGAGCGUGCGCUGCUUCGUCCCCGAGCUCGGCGUCUACCAGCCGCGGCAGUACAGUCUAUCCGAUGUGCCCAACCGGAAGUACUUCCAGGUCUCCGUGAAGAAGGAGUUCGCGGCCGGUGCGCGACCCGCCGGCCGCAUCUCUAACGUGCUGCACGAGUCGCUUCCCGUCGGCGCGGAGCUGGAGGUUAGCAUGCCGUUUGGUGAUUUCGUGCUGGAUGUCAACCGCUCGACACCCGUGGUCCUGUUGAGCGGCGGCGUGGGGCUAACGCCGAUGAUGUCGAUGCUGAAGGCUAUCACGGCUGCCUCUAAGGCCCGGCGCGUGGUUUUCGUGCAUGCCGCGCGCAACAGUCGCGUGCAUGCGAUGAAGGACACGCUGGCUCAGAUCCAGAGGGAGAAUCCCCAGGUCUCGCGGGCGAUCUUCUAUGAGCAGACCACCGCGGAUGAUCGGCAGGGCGUGGAUUAUGAUUAUGCGGGCCGGGUGGAUGUCGCCAAGAUUCAGGACCAGGUUGUCUUGCCGGACGCGGAUUACUACAUCUGUGGCCCGUCGCCGUUCAUGAAAGCGCAGAGUCAGGAUCUGCAGCGUCUGGGCGUUGAUCUGGGUCGCAUCCAUAUGGAGGUCUUUGGGUCUCCCACUUGAGGUUGCUUGGGGAGUGGUGUAUGGUGAUGUCCCUUAGCUUGCAUUGCAUGGUGUUUGUGUUACUAUAAGGACUAAGCUAUCUAGUGGUCCUCGGAAGGAUUGAGGUCGGUGGUCCGGGAUGCGGAACACAUCACUGGUGCAAUUUCCUACACGUAGCGUUGACACUGACAUAGGAAUUUCCGGUAGAGAUGAUUGGAUCGCAAUGUAC